CUGUCUCCUUGCCUCCUGUUUCCUCCUGGUUUCCUGUCUCCUUGCCUCCUGCCUCCUCCUGGUUUCCUGCCUCCGCUCGUACUGUAGGGUGGUCGAGAGGAAGAGAACCGCAGAGCGAAAAUGGGAGUUGAAAUUGAGACAAUAUCUCCGGGCGAUGGACAGACAUUUCCGAAGAAGGGGCAGCGCGUCGUGGUGCACUAUGUCGGCACCCUGGAAGAUGGAAAAGUGUUUGAUUCUUCGAGGAAUAGGGGAAAGCCGUUCAAAUUCAAGAUCGGACACCAGGAGGUGAUCCGUGGUUGGGAUGAGGGAGUAGCCCAGUUAAGCCUGGGACAGCGGGCGAAGCUGAUCUGCUCGCCGGACUACGCCUAUGGCUCCAAAGGUCAUCCCGGGGUCAUCCCUCCGAACGCCACUCUCACCUUCGAUGUGGAGCUGCUUAGUCUGGAAGCCUGAAGCUUGUGCACUCAGCUUUGUUUAAUUCCACUCAAAUUUUCAGGGUUGUCUCCUAUCUUGGGAACAUGGAGGAAAAACGUUGACACAUGAUUCCUGCUGUUGAUUCCUGCAUAGGACCUAUAUGUCUAUAGCUUCACUAGUUCACCCUCCUCCCCAUUUAGAUACGAAUUGUGCUCCAUCACUUGCUUUAAACCUUUUCCCUUCAUGCUAUACUUUAGACUCUUAUACAGUAAUAAGUCAUAGGCCAUCCCACCCCAAUUACUUUUCCAUAUUCUGCUCUGUAUUUUUAUUGUGAUGUUUGUUUUUUACUUGAAAAAUUGACUGACAAAUCGUGUCUGCCACCUGAACCACGUUUUAGAAGGAAAAAAACCGUGUCCUGAGUACUGAAUCUCAUUUCUGUGGCUUCGUGGCCUUUAGAGUAAAUUUGUGUUGAUUGUGGGUAAUGAAUUGUGUUGAAGUAAAAACAAGAACAAAUCGUUAGUGAAGGUGAGUAGCUAAGUGGAUAACCUUUGUGAUGGUUAAUGGGCUGAAUUUGAAAAAUGUACUGAAUAUAUUGUUAAUCAGGGUUUCACAAAUCAAGCACAUCCUUGCCAUGAUUUGCCUACAGCGCUCUGCAGAUGAAACAUUUCUUUUUUUUCCUCGCAGCAUCAUUUCUUCAUUUAUGAGAUAAAUGACUUUAUCGCUGUAAUGUUCACUGUUGCACACGUAUUUGAUUUGUGGGCCAAA